UCGGAUGGAGGUGGCGGCCGCCUCCAUCCGGUCCCAGUCUCGGUCUCGGUCCCUCAUCCGGGCAGGGACCGUGGUUGUAGACCACCCCCUCGUACUAGACACCCUCCCCCGGUAGUAGACCCCCCCUCCCCCGGUACAGGACAUGGCCCCCACCCCCGAUGCCCUGUCCGGGCCGUGGCUAGGAAGGGGUUAACGGCCCCGGUGUUACCGGCGGUGCCAGGACCCACCCCCCCGCACCGAUCCCCCCCCCCACGCGCCCCUUUCACUUCCCCUUUCGUUCCCGGGGUGGGGGGGGGGGGGCGAACCCGUGACCCGCGGGGAGGGGGAUGGGGGGGACCGGUCCACUCGGUGCCACCCAGUCCCCACCCGGUCCCCACGAGGGACACGGGGCCGCCAUCGCCACCCGGUCCCGGUGCCCCUCCUCACCACCCCCCCGCGGUGCCACCGGGACCCCCCCAGCCCCACCUGAGACCCGGCGCAUCCCCCCCCCUCUCCCUGGGUGCUGCCCCGUCCCCGCGGGACACGCGACCCCCCCUCUGCCGUCGGUCCCGUCCCCACGGUGCCACCGGGACCCCAGGGUGGUCCUUGGAGCACGGGGAUGCCGGUGGGCAGUGGGACCCCCCCCGCCGCGGGUGGGUGCCUUGGGGAGGGGGGAAAUAGGGGUGCGCGUGGCCGGAUUCCUGGGGAACACGAGUGGAAAGGGGCGCGCGAGGAAGUCACGCGCCCCCGGGGCCGGGACGGGCCCAGCCGGGGCCAAACUGGGGCUAAACUGGGCCGUGGCGGCGGCGGAGACGCCUCUUCCGCCCCACGGCCCCGGGACGGGGAGGGCCGGGGGGAGGGGGGCACAGCUCAUGGCCCCCCACACCCCUCCGCUCCAGUGAUCCGUCCCACGGAGCUUCCGCAUCGCUCCACCUGGCCAUGGCCGAGUACCGCAGGCUGCUGGAGGAGCUGGCCCAGAACAUCACAGCCGAGGACCUGGAGCAGCUGAAGUCAGCCUGCAAGGAGGACAUCCCCAGCGAGGAGAGCGAGGCCAUCGCCACCAGCCACCACUGGUUCUCCUUCCUGGAGAAGCACAGCAAGCUGGACAGAGACAACUUGUCCUACAUCGAGCACAUCUUCGAGAUCUCGCGCCGCCCCGACCUGCUCACCAUGGUGGUGCAGUACCGCACGCAGGUGCUCAAGAUCUCCGAGGAGGACGAGGUGGACACCAAGCUCACCCGCAUCCCCAGCGCCAAGAAGUACAAGGCAGACAUCAUCCGGCAGCCCUCGGAAGAGGAGAUCAUCAAACUGGCCCCCCCGCCCAAGAAAGCCUGAGCGGGGGGCGAGGAGGAGGAGGAGGAGGAGGAAGGCUGUGUGUGUGUGUGUCCCCCGUGUUCCCCUGCCACCUCUCCGGCCCUGGGCAG